AUGAAAAAAUCAUAAAAGCAGACUUAGAAUGAAGGAAGUCAUAUGAGUGUUCUUAAGCAAAACGAAAUUUCUUUAGCAAAUGGCCCGCUGAAAGAAGUACUGGUUGAACAUUCCAACAAGAUAAAAUCGUUUUCAACCACGAAAAGGAGCGAAAUAGAGUGGCUAAGACUUGGCCAAUCGCAAGCCAUAUCUGUAGAUUUUAUUGAUAGAAAGCUAUUUGAUAGGAAAGAAGAUAAACUUCUUUUAUUCAAAAACAUAAACAUUCCUUCUAUAAAAAUUAAAGAUACAAGUUUUUAGUGCUAAAAAGCUCACUUCCUUUCUGUACGUCGUCUUGAGAGUGAAGACAAGUACAGAUAGAUAGAAUUGAAAUCAAAGUCACUUAGCUUUGUUUUCGAUUAACAUGGCGAUUGCUAGAUUUAGCAUGUCAGAUUCAAAGAAACAAGCUUCCAUCAUCAUGGCGAUUCAUUUUAAUUAGUAAUUGCUAUGACUAACUUUGAUAAUCAAUUAGUUUCUACUUUCAUUUCGUCACCCUUUAUCGUUGAAAGUAGAAAAAAACCUUUCUAAGAGAGAGCCCACAAGGAAUAAAAUAUAUCCACUUUGUAUGAUCCAUUUCUUCCAUCUAUCCUAGAAAAAUAAUACAACUUAGGGGGAAGCUAAAUUGAAGCAGGCGAUAAAUCUAAGAUAAUUGGAGAAGAUUUACAAAGCUUGAUUAUAUAUUUUUCAGCUUAAAACAUCAGACAUAAAAUUAUCCACCCAUUAUAUUUGCUUUUUAAGUUCCCGAAGGCUAUCUCUUUGUUUUAUAAUAAAAAUAUAAUCAAAUAAGAAAACAUCUCACCAGAAAAUUUGAUUAUUCAAAUUUAGAGAUACAUAUAUGAGAAGUUGCUAAACGCAAGUCAAUCUGAUUCCAUCGAAGAUGAAUCUGAAUAGCGUCUUCUCAUUUUAUGCUUAAAGUCCAACAACUAUUCGAUAAACAUUAAUAAAGAUUUAGCAAAAGUUUCUAAAUACAUGUCUUUUCUAGAAGGCCCAACAUUGACUUUCUUAGAAAAAACCCCAACUGACCUACCUAAAGAAUUCAAGUUGAUUGAAAAUAUUGACGAAAUGAAAGCUGCUUACUCUAAAGUAUAUUGCGAGAUUUCAUAAAUAAAAAUAGAAAUAAAAAUGAAUCAAGAUAAGUUAGAAAACUAAUUUCACUAAGUAAUCGAGAAGAGAGGUGGAAUUCCAAGUUUAGAAUAGACUCUGAAUAUUAACUAUAAUAAUAAUGAAUAAUAGGAUUGCAACUAAACACCCAGGAGUUCUUUUAAGAAAAACUCCUUCCAUUACAUAUGCUAUAAUUUGUCAAUUUAAGAUUCAAACAUAAAGCAGAGGUUAUAAAAAUUUCCUAUUGUAUUCGAGACAGCCAAAGAUCAAAAUGAAAAAAAUAAUCAAAUGGAAAUCGAAAAAACACAAGAAGAAUAGCAAACUGCUUAAUGCAAAAAAUCUAAAAACUAAACUUAAUAAUUUUUAUCGAAAUAAUAAUCCAAAAACUCAAAUUACGAAAAAGAAAGAGAUAACAAUUCUAUACAAUUAAAUUCAAUCAGAAAAGAAAUAGAUUAGAUUAGCUAAUUAAGCUAUCACAUUGCUGAUGACGAAUACAAUAAUAGCAAUAGUACGAUGAAUAAUUAACAAAAUAAGAAAGUUGCUAAAUUUAGAGUUAAAAAUUAGAAUGAAAAUCAAGUUAAAGUUAUUUGCAUCCAGUCAUAUUCUAAAAGUAAAUUUGAAGAUAAUCAUUCUAGCAAGAUCGAUUAAAAUCCAUCAAAUCUAAAAAAGAGAAAAAUCUCUUUAUUGAUAAAAGAUAAUUAAACAACUUAAAAUUAAAAUAACUAAAAUUAAAUACUUGAAUACAACAUAGUAGAUGUAGAACCUUAAAAGAAAAGAAAGCAAUAAUCGAGCUAGACAGAUGAAGGUGACCAAAAAAAUAGUUAGAGUAAGAAAAAAUAAAGUAGCAUUUAGGUUGAAAGCGAUCAAAAGCAAAUCAAUAUUAAGAUGAACAACCUCCAUUUAAAUUAGCAAAAUAGUCAGUAAUAGUAAAAGCUAUAAAAUACUAACUAUAGAGAGCUUGACAAAAAAGACUUUUAAGGAAAUACUAGUAGCACAGCAUCAACAUUUAACAAGACAAUUAAAAAAAUAGGACUCGAUAGCAAUAAAAACGGGUAAAAUAAUUCAAGUUCUAGUAGUGUGAGUAGUAAAAAUAAAGAUGCCAGAUAAAUCAAUUUCUAGUAUAAUCACAACAAAAAGAAAAUUAUUAUUGCCACAUAAUCAAGUAGCAGUGAUUCAUAAAAUGUUAAUGGGAGUUAUAGUGUUAUGUUGAGUCAUUCAAAGUAAUAGAAUAAUAGUAUUAAUGAUUAAGAGUGCUCAUUAUAGAAUGACAGGUCUUUACACAACUCUCACUAAAACAAAAUGGAAGUAGAAUUUUUAUAUGAAAGGCUUUCUUAAGACUCAAAUGAAAGAAAGAAAAAAAAUAUGUAAUUUAAAGAAGCUAAUAAUAUGGAUAGCGUUUACAACGGUUAUGAAAGUGAUUUUAGCUAAUAAAAUGAAGAUAACGACUCUGAAGUUGAUAAAGAUGCUGCCCAAAAUAAAUAAAUUGGUAAAAAAUUCAAAUUAGAGUAAUACCUCAAGGGCUACGAAAAUGAUGAUGAAUUUGAUUACAAUGUUGAAGAUGAUGAUGAAGAUUUCAGCUUCGAUUAGUCGUAAAAAAUAAAAAAAUAGGAUUUUUUUCGAAGAAGAAGAUUUUCUUUAAGCAAUUCAGCAUUUCAAAGUCAGUCAUCUCUCAUCAAAAAUCAAUUUAAAGGCAGUAUAAAUACCAACAACAAAAAUAAUAGCAACAGUAAAUGCCUUUAAUUAAUUCAGAGCUACGAAGGCUAAAAUAACAAAGAUAAUAAAUGUAAAUACAAAAUAAAAUAAAACUUACUAAAAACUUAAAUUAAAAGCUAUAUCAGCUGCAAUGAAGAAAAAUCUAAUCCAGUAGAUAGUUGCUGA